GAAUGAGGAAUAAAGGCGUUGAGAGCGUAAUAAUAAAAUUAUCUUCAUAAAUAUAUAAGCAGAAUCGGAGCGCAGGUCAACAUUAAUUGAUUAUCAUCCAAUUACAGGAGUUCAUUUGAAACUAAUAAUCUCAGUUAGGAGCCAAUACCAUAAUGAGUCGAUGAUCAUUCAUGAAAAUACUCAUGAAUCAUCCGGAUGCAUCUUUCAGCGCUAAAAAUUCAGAAGAUAGAAUUUCAGUACACCCGCAUAUACACCGUCCUAGUUCUUCUUAUCGAGAUUAUUGAACGCUCUGACGCCCGCGCAGUUGUACCACUUUGGCGAUGUCCACAAUUGUUGAACUUCGAUAAAUUCAGUGGAUAAAAUUGUGGGUGCAAAUCAACAAAGAAAUGUCUGGUAACGUUGGGAUGGAGCAGCUUAUUCCAAUUGUGAAUAAGCUGCAAGAUGCCUUCACACAGCUGGGUGUUCAUAUGAGCCUUGAUUUACCUCAGAUUGCUGUUGUGGGAGGACAAUCUGCAGGAAAAAGUUCGGUACUGGAGAAUUUCGUCGGAAGAGAUUUCCUUCCUAGAGGUUCUGGAAUUGUUACCAGGAGACCUCUCAUUCUUCAAUUGAUCAAUGGAAGUGCAGAGUUCGCUGAAUUCCUUCACUGCAAGGGUAAGAAAUUCGUAGAUUUCGAUGAAGUACGUCGAGAAAUUGAGGCAGAAACAGAUAGGGUCACCGGAAGUAACAAAGGAAUUUCCAAUAUUCCUAUUAACUUACGGGUAUAUUCUCCUAAUGUGCUCAAUUUAACCCUCAUCGAUUUACCCGGGUUGACCAAGGUCCCCGUUGGAGAUCAACCUAUUGACAUUGAACAGCAAAUCAAAGGAAUGAUUAUGCAGUUCAUAAAAAGAGAAUCAUGUCUUAUUCUUGCGGUAACCCCUGCCAAUACGGACUUGGCAAAUUCAGAUGCCCUAAAAUUGGCCAAAGAAGUUGAUCCUCAAGGUAUACGUACCAUCGGUGUCAUUACAAAGUUGGAUCUGAUGGACGAAGGAACUGAUGCAAGAGAUAUCUUAGAAAAUAAGCUUUUACCACUCAGGAGGGGUUAUAUUGGUGUGGUAAAUCGCUCUCAAAAGGAUAUCGAUGGACGAAAGGAUAUAAACGCUGCACUAGCUGCAGAGCGUAAAUUUUUCGUUAGCCAUCCAUCUUACCGUCACUUAGCAGAUAGAUUGGGGACACCAUAUUUACAAAGAGUACUCAACCAGCAGCUUACAAACCAUAUCAGGGAUACCCUUCCAGGCUUGAGAGACAAGUUACAAAAGCAGUUAUUAACACUUGAGAAAGAUGUUGAGCAGUUUCGCCACUUUAGACCAGACGAUCCUUCCAUUAAAACGAAGGCUAUGUUACAAAUGGUGCAGCAGUUAACAACCGAUUUCGAACGUACAAUUGAAGGAUCUGGCUCUGCAGAAAUCAACAUCAACGAACUAUCAGGAGGUGCGAAAAUCAAUAGAUUAUUCCACGAACGUUUUCCUUUUGAAAUCGUAAAGAUGGAAUUCGACGAAAAAGAACUUCGGAGAGAAAUUGCCUUCGCUAUAAGAAACAUUCACGGUAUACGAGUUGGGUUGUUCACUCCAGACAUGGCCUUUGAAGCAAUCGUGAAAAAACAGAUUGCUCGUUUGAAAGAACCUUCUUUAAAAUGUGUAGAUUUAGUUGUGACCGAGCUUUGUAACGUGGUUAGAUUUUGUACUGACAAGAUGUCUCGUUUUCCAAGGCUAAGAGAAGAAGUUGAGCGGAUAAUAACUACUCAAAUAAGACAAAGAGAACAAGGAUGCAAAGAACAAAUAUGUCUCAUCAUCGAUUGUGAAUUGGCUUAUAUGAAUACAAAUCACGAGGAUUUCAUUGGAUUUGCCAACGCUCAAAAUCAGUCUGAAAGUUCCACAAAGACCGGUACCCGAGGAACUCUGGGCAACCAGGUCAUUCGAAAGGGUUUCAUGUGUAUCCACAACUUGGGUAUCAUGAAAGGGGGCUCAAGGGAUUACUGGUUCGUGCUCACCUCAGAGAGCAUAUCAUGGUACAAAGAUUCGGAAGAAAGGGAGAAAAAAUACAUGCUGCCUUUGGACGGAUUGAAACUCAGAGACAUCGAACAAGGAUUUAUGUCCAGGAGGCAUAUCUUCGCUUUAUUCAAUCCGGACGGAAGAAAUGUUUACAAGGAUUUCAAGCAACUAGAAUUAAGUUGUGAAACAACGGAAGAUGUAGAUUCUUGGAAGGCGUCAUUUUUGAGAGCUGGUGUGUAUCCGGAAAAACAAACUGAUAUAAUAAAUGGGGAAGAAGAGCAGAGUACAGACAAUGCUCUGAGUUCCAUGGAUCCCCAGCUGGAAAGACAGGUUGAAACCAUCAGAAACUUGGUUGAUAGUUACAUGAAAAUAGUCACCAAAACAACCAGAGACCUUGUGCCAAAAACGAUCAUGUACAUGAUAAUAAAUAACAUUAAAGACUUCAUCAACGGAGAAUUACUGGCUCAUAUUUAUGCUAGUGGUGAUCAAGCUCAGAUGAUGGAGGAAGCACCAGAGGAGGCUCAAAAAAGAGAAGAAAUGUUACGGAUGUACCACGCGUGUAAAGAAUCACUCCGGAUCAUUGGAGAUGUGUCGAUGGCCACAGUUUCAACUCCAGUUCCGCCACCGGUUAAAAACGACUGGUUAUCCAGUGGGUUUGACUCCCAGGGAAUAUCUCCACCAAGUCCAGGGGGUCCUCGGAAAAUGACACCACUCGGUGCAUCAGGGCCUGGAGCAUCCAGAGCACCACCUCCACCUCCAGCAACAGGAAGACCUGUGCCUUCAAUUCCGAAUAGAUCUGCUGGUGGAGUUUCGAGACCUCAAGGUCAAGCGCCACCAAUACCUAUGGUUCCAAACAGAGGAAAUCAGCAAACAGGUUUCCAGGUGCCUCAGCAGGUGCAAAUGGCUGUUGGAAAAGCAGUAACUGAUGCAGCUAUCAGUCAAUUUAGCAAUCAAUUUAGUAAUGCCUUCAGAAUGCACAAGUGAAAUUUCAAUUUUCUAGUAUGAGCAAUAUUCUUAGACGAGUUACAAAUUACGAUAAUACUAUGUGUAAGAGUAAACAUCACAUGGGAAUUCAUCGAGGUAUAUACAUACAUGGACAAAGACCUAAUCAGCAGAAUAGUACAGAAUGAUGCAAUACAAAAUAUUCGUUUGUAAAUAACAAAAAAAAAUGUUUCAACAUUCAGUUUUCUGUCUCUUUCAUUCUUGAUGAAUUCUCAAUUGUGUAUCCAUAUCUUAUGAAAAUAUUAUGAUAACGUAUUCCAUUGUAAGAAUAUACCUUAAAUUGGUAUUUGAGUACAUGUAUUAUAUCUAAGAGCCAAUUUUUGUGGUAUUGACAGCAUGUAGCUGUGUAAUUGAGUGAUCUAAAAACGUCUUUGAGUAGAGAUUGCACACUCCAAUAUGUUAAAUAAUUAUUUUAAAAUAAUGAAACCUUGUGGUAGGCAAGGCUGUCCACAUAAGAAUACUAGAUACCUAUAGCAUUUUAGGGAGUAUAACCGGCUGCAUUGUUCAAAUCUCAUCCACUGACUACAAAUAUGCCAAGGUGCCAGGCUACAAGCUGUUAUCAACAAAUUAUUGGAUAAUUAGAAAACUUUCGAUGUGCUUUCAUACAAUACCUACAUGUUUGCGAUUUCAUAAUUAUUAUGCUGAAAUAAUUUCACCGACUCUUAUGUGGGUGAGAUAAUUUUCAAUAUUUUUGAAUUGCGAAACAUUUGUGAAUUAUUGAUAGAAGUCAAUUUAGUUGAUCACUGUUACCAUAGGGAUUAAUCAAAGAUAUAUUUCGAGAAAUAGGUGAUCGACACUAUACAUUUAGAUGGUAAGCCAUCCUCCGUCAGAACAGACACUUUCGAUAUGUACCUAUAAGUUCUAAUGCAGUUGCAAUUUUUAUUGUUCCUAUCCUAAUUUUUUUCAUUUGGUAUGUAUUCUGAAUUGAUUUAUUUAUUAUCUUAGGUUCUUGUCCACCUGCUUUUUUUAUUCAACAAUGAAGUUAAUUCUGUUUAUAUUUAUUCUAUCAACUAUCUAUUGUUUGAAUAAAGGAAAUAUUUCAUUUCAGUAUAUUUCUGAGGCGCAGUAACAGAAUUACAUUGACGUUAUGUAUUUUUAUUUUUCAGUGUUCUAUUGCUCGAUUGCUAAUGAUUUCAAAUUAUUCAAGAAUCCAACUUUUAGUUUUUCAUAGAAAGUCUUCCUUCGAUUCACUUUGAAGUCACUUAGUAUAUUAUCUAAGUGUUGUUAAUUCAUUGUUUCAGUGAAGGUUAUGAAAAUUUUAAGCUCUUGUUACUUCCGAAUAUGGAAGUAUCAGUUGAACCCAAUAUUUGUUGAAAAACGCAUAUUAUGAACAGAUAUAUUUCCUUGUUAUUUAUAUAGAAAAGUAAAUAAAACGAAGAAGUUAAUUUUAA